GAACAAACACUUUUGCCUGUGCAACAUAAAAAUCAUCUUUUUCCGCAGUCUGUAUGGAAGUGCGGCAAAUCAGUGCCAUUGGAGUUGGAAUGACUAACAGUGAACUUUUUAUUUUUAAAGUACGGUGGCCUUGGUCACGUGACGUCACUCAGUGACGUGUCUUCCAACUAGCAUGUAGCAGGAAGUGUUAGCUCCGCUGUCAACAUGCUAAAAGACGAGAACAACGAUGAAGAGGUUUCUCUGUUUGACGCCGAGGACGACGCCGGCCAAAGAUUGCCCAAGAGGACAAACAUGGAGCAUCCGGUGGCGUCCUUCUUCCACCUUUUCUUCAGGGUUUGCGCCAUUUUGGUCUACUUGCUUUGCGAGAGGAUCAGCAACAGGUUCAUUGGCGGCAUGGUGGCCAUCAUCCUGCUGCUCUCGUGUGACUUCUGGACCGUCAAGAACAUCACUGGCCGCCUGAUGGUGGCGCUGAGGUGGUGGAACCAAGUGGACGAGGACGGCCAAAGUCAUUGGGUGUUCGAGUCCCGGAAGGGGACGAGGAAAAGGCAAAGUUCCGACUCGGAAUCUCGCAUCUUCUGGCUGGGCCUGAUCGUGUGCCCGCUGGUGUGGGUGCUCUUCGCCUUCAGCACCCUCUUUCAGUUCAACAUUAAGUGGCUGCCGGUGGUGCUGAUGGGCCUGGUCCUGCAAGGAGCCAACCUCUACGGAUACGUCAGGUGCAAAGUGGGAGGCAAGACCGACAUCAAAAAUAUGGCCACAAACUACUUUGGCAGGCAGUUUCUCAAACAGACGUUGUCCAAAGAGGAAGAAUCUUAAAAGUGCUUCUGCUGCUUCAGAUUUCAUUUGACCUGCAAAUGCAAAACAGUUUUGAUUUUCUAACUUGUGUUACUUCUGCGUUAGGGCGGGGAUCUUUUAUUUCCUCAGUUCAGUUUGCAAGAUAAAGUUAUCUGGAUAUUAUUUAUGUGGGGGGGGGGGGUUUAUGCAUAUACAUUUCCAAACUUUGUUAUUUAUGCAAAUCACAGGGAGACGAUUAAACGUCUUACAUUGUGCAUACACGAGUAUUAAUAAAACAUGAUUUGAAUUGA